UACUCCAGGGUUUAAAUAUCGAGCAAAACUUCAUCAUUAUCAUCGUCUAGAUCUUACAACUUCUUGAAUUUGAGUUCUCAGAAAUGGCGACUGAAUCGUCGGAGGGAGAAGAUGAAGGAAAACUGACCGGAGGUAGCCCAAACCUAGUAGUCGAUGAUGAUCUUCGUGAGAUGGCUAAGAAGGCAGCGUGGAGCGUUAGCUCUUUCAAGCCAGGAAAUGGCGUUAUGUCUCUCCGUGAUGACAAUCUUGAGACAUACUGGCAAUCCGAUGGUUUGCAGCCUCAUCUUGUUAAUAUUCAAUUUCAGAAGAAAGUGAAGUUACAAAUGGUGGCUGUUUAUGUUGAUUUUAAGCUGGAUGAGAGCUAUACACCUAGUAAGAUAUGUAUUAGGGCUGGAGAUGGUUUGCAUAAUCUUAAGGAGGUUAAAACUGUGGAGCUUGUGAAGCCAACUGGUUGGGUGUAUAUUUCAUUAUCAGGAAAUGAUCCAAGGGAAACUUUUGUGAACACUUUCAUGUUGCAAUUGGGCAUUUUGUCUAAUCAUUUGAAUGGGAGGGAUACCCAUGUGCGCCAGAUUAAAGUUUAUGGCCCACGACCUAAUCCUAUCCCAAACCAACCAUUUCAUUUCACAUCACAGGAAUUCAUUAUUUACUCCACUGUGAGAUGAUGACAAAAUAUGGAAAAAUCGAGAGCACAAUCGAAUGAACUGCUUUGGCGACCACUUUAGAUUUGAUAUAUUAGAAUUUUAGAUAAAGUUGCGCUUUUCUUAUUAACUAAAAACAUCAUGUAUGAUGCUUCAUAUUGUUUCCAAUUAAUCAAAUUCAGCUUGUGUUCUUAA